GUUUCGUCUAGCAACUUGACAUAAAGAUGUCAGCACUUGUGCCAAAGUUUUGUUGAUAGUUUAGAUUUCUUUAACAAGAAUUAUUAUCUCAUAAUAAUCGCAAAUAAUUAAAAUAUGAUGAACACAAUCGCUUGAUAAAACAAGAUAAAACACAAAAAACAACAACCCGUAAGUCGAAAUAAUCAUUUGCUGAAAUUUUAAAGUAAUGUGUGCGGUAUCACGUUUCGUGUCCAAACACCACAUAAUCAGUGACUAAAAAAAGCCACCGGCGAAAAUGUCCUUGACUCAGUGCCUGGAGGACGCAAACAACCAGUCCCUACUAUGGAAGCAAAUCUUCUCGGCCCUUUUCUACGGCAUCGCCUCGUUUAUGAUCACCGUGGUCAACAAAACCGUCCUCACAACAUACCAAUUCCCCUCGUUUCAAGUGCUAGGAAUUGGGCAAAUGAUUGCCACGAUUUUAGUGCUCCUCAUAGCGAAAAAAUCCCGAGUUGUGACGUUCCCCAGUUUUGAGUUGAACACGUUCGGGAAGAUUUUCCCGCUCCCGUUGAUUUACAUUGGGAAUAUGAUUUUUGGACUGGGGGGCACCAAGCACACGAAUUUUGAUAAAUUCGAAAGCGAUUUUCACAAAAAUCACAUUCCGAUCAAUGACUUUCAACGGGGACUUCUCGCUAUGGGAUCGGCUUUGAUGUCAUUAGUCGAUCCAUUUCGGCAUGACAUGAUCGCCUGUUUGGGAGAGACUGCAGGAAUGUCCGCCAUCACUUACAUGAAGCAAAAAAUGGAGAGUUCACCAGAAGGCGCCGAAAUUCUCAAAUCACGUCCGAGGAUCAACUCAAAAACUGUCGAUUUAAACAAAUUAAGGACAUUUCCUGAGGGAACCCUCGGUCGUGUUUAUGUUAAAUGGCUCGAUGAUAAUAAUGUUACGCCCGAUUCACGUAUGGCUGUUCAAUUUGUCGAUGACAUUGAUUGUGCGUACGUUUUGCAACGCUAUAGAGAAGCGCAUGAUUUAUUUCAUGCCGUUUUGGAAAUGCCCACAAAUAUGUUAGGUGAAGUAACUGUUAAAUGGUACGAAGCGAUUCAAACAAGGCUUCCAAUGUGCAUUGGAGCGGCUAUUUUUGGCCCAAUUCGACUAAAACCAAAGCAUCGCAACUUGUAUAAAAAGUAUUAUCUUCCAUGGGCAAUUGAAACAGCAAAUAGUAGUAAUUUUUUGCUAAAUACAUUUUUUGAAAAACGGUGGGAACAACCAUUGGCUGAAUUACACCAAGAAUUAAACAUCAAACCGUUUAUUUUACCACAAACUAGGAGUUAAUUAUUUAUUUGCGUUGAAUAAUAGUUGUGUAGUUUAUUAAUAAAUGAUUAUCCUUG